AUGUGCAGCUUCCUCGGAGCCCCUGCCAUCACUUCUGAUACCGAGCGAGUGUCCCUUCAAAUGAAACCUACGAAGAUGUUCGUCUGCUCAGCGAACGGAAAGAAACGUCUCAAUGUGCAGCUUGAAUUGCGUGAUCACAGUUUGCUCAUCGUUCCGAAUGGAGACUCCAAUAGAUACUCCGUUCCCAACAAGGAACGUGUCAUCACUCUUUCACGAAAGCCUGAAGGUGGCUUCGGAGUCGCCAUCAAGGGCGGGAGGGAGCACAACCUCCCCAUUAUAAUCUCAAAAAUUCUACGUCAAGACUCGUCGUCUAUCAAAUUGUACGUUGGAGACGCGAUACUCAAAGUCAAUGACACUCCCACCAGAGGUCUGAGCCGAGAACAGGCGACCGAGCUCCUCCGAAGCAGCGGUGACAAGGUUGUGCUGACAGUGAAACACUACAAGGAAGUCGCUGCGCUCCUGAAAAAGGAUGAAGAGCAGGGCAAGUGUCUCGAGCUGUCGUUCGCCUACGUGCAAGAAAUGGAGGAACAGCGAGCAUUCAAGCUACAGGCGUCCAAUUCGAAAGAUGAGACCGUAGUGCAAUGCUCUGAUAAAGGGAACCGCGAGAUGUGGCUCAAACUCAUUCAUGCCGCGGUACAGAGAUGCAACGACCAAGGGAUCGAAGGGCUAAACAAAAACCUCGAAGAGGCCAACAAAGUUCACUGGAUGGACUGGAUCAGUAAGAAAUGCUACUUCCCCUGGAAUCGACAACGAACUCUACCGCUGUUCCUCGCGUUCAAGGGCGGCUCCGUGUUUCAGUUUGACCGAGCGCCGGUCAGUCUUGCUCAGUUCGAAGAAUGUCAAGUUGUUUACAAAGCAUAUCAGUGCUCACUCCUUCCGGACACGGACUGUAUCGACAUGGCUGUCGCGUUGCGGCACUACGUCCUGGAAACGCCUCAUCAUUGUAUUCGCUUCUCGCUCAAUGCGACCGUCAGCGCCGCCCUGGAGCGUUCGUGGGCGCUUUGUACAUACCUCAGCGUGAUCACUCUGAGCAGCAGGACGUUCAGUGUGCACUUUGAGGGCAAGGCGGCAUCGCUGACCAUCGACUGGAAUAUGGGGUUCGCGCUUUACGACAUCGCCAGCAAGGAGUACCUAUGGAAAUACGGUUUUGUUCAGUAUCGCAGCUCGUCGCAUGACGGCAGCAAAGUCAAGAUGGUGUUCGGUCUCAAGGAUACCGGACGCAAGAGUGAGGUCAAUCGGACCGUCAGUCUGACGAGCGAGGCGCUUGCCAAGCAGUUGGUAUUUUGCAUCAACGCGUUCCUAUCUUCGAAAUCUGCAGCUCCUUUCCAAUGA